AUGGGACCAGUCUCCGCCGCGCUCAGCAUCCUCUGGCUCUGCGCCGCUACCAGCUGGGGGGGUAACAUCUGCACCACCCGUGGGGUGAACUCCUGCAAGCAGUGCCUGGCUGUGAGUCCCCUCUGUGCCUGGUGCUCUGCUGAGGUCUUGGCUCCCUCAUCCCCUCGCUGUGACCUCCGUGCCAACCUCCUGCACAAUGGCUGUGGGAAGGACCACAUCGAGUCCCCCAGCAGCAGUGUCACCAUCCUGGAGAACAGACCCCUCAGCAACAAGGGCUCAGGGGGUUCCACCACCACUCAGAUGAGCCCCCAGCGGAUCCAGCUGAACCUGAGGCCAGAUGACUCCCAGGUCUUCCGUGUCCAAGUGCGCCAAGUGGAGGACUACCCUGUGGACAUCUACUACCUGAUGGACCUGUCCAACUCCAUGAAGGAUGACCUAAACAACAUCAGGAACCUGGGCACAAAGUUGGCCACCGAGAUGCGUAAGCUCACCAGCAACCUACGCAUCGGCUUCGGGGCCUUCGUGGACAAACCCAUUUCUCCCUACAUGUACAUCUCUCCUCCAGAAGCUCUGGAGAACCCUUGCCUUGAGAUUGGGGAAACCUGCCUGCCCAUGUUUGGGUACAAGCACGUCCUGUCCCUCACGGACGAGGUGACGCGCUUCAACGAGGAGGUGAGGAAGCAAAGGGUCUCCAGGAACCGCGACGCGCCCGAGGGAGGCUUCGAUGCCAUCAUCCAGGCUACUGUGUGUGAUGAGAAAAUUGGCUGGAGGAAUGAUGCUUCCCACCUGCUUGUCUUCACCACGGAUGCCAAGACCCACAUCGCGCUGGACGGACGUCUGGCUGGAAUUGUGCAGCCCAACGAUGCCCAGUGCCACAUUGACAAGGAUAAUUUCUACUCUGCCACCACCACACUGGACUAUCCCUCUCUGGGCCUGAUGACUGAGAAACUCUCAGAGAAGAACAUCAACUUGAUUUUUGCUGUGACCGAUACGGUUGUUGGCCUCUACCAGAACUACAGCGAGUUGAUCCCAGGCACAACCGUGGGUGCCUUGUCCAGAGACUCCAGCAAUGUCCUGCAGCUCAUAGUGGACUCCUACGGGAAAAUCCGCUCCAAGGUGGAGCUGGAGGUGCGUGACCUCCCUGAAGAGCUGUCCUUGGCCUUCAAUGCCACCUGCCUCAACGACGAGGUCAUCCCUGGGCUCAAGUCUUGCAUGGGGCUCAAGAUCGGGGACACGGUGAGCUUCAGCAUCGAGGCCAAGGUGCGAGGCUGCCCCCAGGAGAGGCAGAAAUCCUUCACCAUCAAACCCGUGGGCUUCAAGGACAGCCUGACCGUGCUGGUGAACUUCGACUGCGACUGUUCCUGCGAGAGCCACUCCGAGGCCAACAGCUCCUCGUGCAGCCGCGGCAACGGCACCUUGGAGUGCGGCGUGUGCCGCUGCAACGCGGGGCGCCUCGGCUCCCACUGCGAGUGCUCUGAGGAGGAGUACAGCCCUGCCCAGCAGGACAACUGCAGCCCCCGGCAGGGCCAGCCCCUCUGCAGCCAGAGGGGUGAGUGCAUCUGUGGGCAGUGUGUGUGCCACAGCAGCGACUUCGGCAAGGUGACCGGCAAGUACUGCGAGUGCGACGACUUCUCCUGCGUCAGGUUCAAGGGGCAGAUGUGCUCAGGCCAUGGGCAGUGCAGCUGUGGGGACUGUGUGUGCGACUCGGACUGGACUGGUGACUACUGCAACUGCACCACGCGCACGGACACCUGCAUGUCCAGCAACGGCUUGGUGUGCAGCGGCCACGGCUCCUGCGUCUGCGGCAGGUGUGAGUGCACCCAGCCUGGCUCCUACGGAGACACCUGCGAGAAGUGUCCCACCUGCCCUGACGCCUGCACCAUCAAAAAGGAUUGUGUGGAGUGCAAGAAGUUCGAGCGGGGACGGCUGGCGGAGCCGCAGUCCUGCAGCCGCAUGUGCCGCGAUGAGAUCGAAGUGGUGCAGGAACUGAGUGACAGGGGGAAGGAUGCUGUGAACUGCACCUACAAGGAUGAGAAUGACUGUGUGAUGAGGUUCCAGUACUAUGAGGACUCCAGUGGCAAGUCCAUCCUCUAUGUCAUCGAGGAGCCUGACUGCCCAAAGGGUCCAGAUGUCCUGGUGGUCCUGCUGUCAGUGAUGGGUGCCAUCCUGCUCAUCGGCCUGGCUGCCCUGCUCAUCUGGAAGCUCCUUAUCCCCAUCCACGACCGCCGGGAGUUCGCCCGAUUCGAGGAGGAGAAGGCCAGGGCCAAGUGGGACACGACCCACAACCCUUUGUACAAAGAGGCCACAUCUACCUUCACCAACAUCACAUACCGUGGGAACAUGUAA